CAACCCGGGCAGCCCACCUCUUUGGCCUCGGGGGUAGCUUGGAAAUGGGAAAAGCUGUUUUUGUUUUGUUGUUUUUCCACUCGCCGCGGAUUCUUGCCGCGCAGCCGGGAGGGGGGGGGGUGAGGUGGGGCGGGGAGAGAAAGAAAAAGCUUACGGCACCCGAGGAGGGGAGCCUCCGCUGCGCGCACCAGGGCGUGUAUUUUGGGCUCGGAGGCGUCUAUUUUUAGUCCCCAUUGAUGGCUGGGAUUCCGACGACGUCAAUCGGGUCUGGGCUUGACGUCACGGAGACUCCUUCCUGGCCGGGGCCGAAAGGGCGGAGUUUGCAAGAAAAUAAAGCCGCGGGCGGAUGGGGAGAGCAGCCGGGGUGAGAGCCGCGUUGUGGUGCUGGUGCUGGUGGGGUUUGUCAUCGUCGUCUUCGUCGAGGAAGUGGGCGAACAAGGACGAUCGGCUGGCUGGCCCGGCUCACCAUGCCUGGGGAGGUCACGGCCCCGGAGGCCGUUUCCGGGCCGCUUUCCCGGGCGAGGAAGCCGAGAACCGGCGCUGUGGGGACGGCGAUGGAGAAGAAAGGUGCGCAGCAGAGAUGCCCUGUAUCCAAACACAAUAUGGGACCUCGCUUCAGAAUGGAGGGUCCUACGAGCGCUACCCAGCAGACCUCUUGACCCCUGAGUUUGGCAAACCCACCAUGGACCUGGUCAAUACCGAGAUCUCUGCUGCCACAACUACUCUGCCCAGCUUCAGUACCUUCAUGGACAAUUAUACAGGCGAAUUUGACGCUUUCCUCUAUCAGAUUCCAGCCGCGAACCCCAAUACCGCAUCCUUCAAGCUGGAAGAUUUCCAAGUAUACGGUUGUUAUCCUGGUCCCUUCAGCAGCCAAUUGGAUGAGACCAUGUCCUCAAGCGGCUCAGAUUAUUAUGGCAGUCCGUGCUCAGUCCCUUCUCCUUCCACGCCAAGUUUCCAGACUUCCCAAGGUCCAACUUGGGAGAACUCCUUUGGAAGCUAUUCCCCCACUCAUACCUAUGAGGGCAUGAGGCCUUGGGUGGCGGCGGCAUCAGCAGAACCUCCCAAAAGUAGUUCAGCUCAACCAUCUUAUUUUUCCUUCGGCCUUUCGGCUCACAGCCCUGGAGUCCCACCCCAGAGUCCGCUGAAGAUGCAACCGACGGCCCACCAGCACUUGGUGGAUGGAGAAGUCUUUUCACUCCCGCAGACCUCCUCCUCAGUCCAUUUUUCUCCUUUGCCACUCAGCCAGGCCUCACCAGGCCUAGAUGGCUCUGGCCUGAUGGACAAUUCCCUCUCUCCGACAAAGACACGCAGCCCUGGAUCCAACGAAGGGCGCUGUGCUGUGUGUGGGGACAACGCUUCAUGCCAACAUUACGGCGUCCGGACCUGUGAGGGCUGCAAGGGCUUUUUCAAGCGCACAGUACAGAAGAAUGCUAAAUAUAUCUGCUUAGCCAACAAAGAUUGCCCUGUGGACAAGCGGCGGAGAAACCGGUGCCAGUUUUGUCGGUUCCAAAAGUGCCUUGCUGUGGGAAUGGUCAAAGAAGUGGUGCGGACAGACAGCUUGAAAGGCCGACGUGGUCGGCUGCCCUCCAAGCCCAAACAAGCUCAAGAUAUUUCACCGGUCAGCCUCAUCUCCUCUCUUGUGAGAGCACACAUAGAUUCUGUACCCAGCGCUACCAAACUCGACUAUUCCAAGUUCCAGGAAUCUGUCUCUUAUCAGUUUGAGAAGGAGGACUGCAUGGAUGUGCAGCUGUUCUACGACCUAUUAACGGGCUCAAUGGACGUGAUCCGGAAAUGGGCAGAGAAGAUUCAGGGCUUCUUGGAGCUUCCAAAAGAGGACCAGGACCUGCUUUUGGAAUCUGCUUUUUUGGAGCUCUUCAUUCUACGGCUAGCAUACAGAUCCAAGCCAGAAGAAGGCAAACUUAUCUUCUGUAACGGCGUUGUGUUGCAUCGUAUGCAGUGUGUCCGGGGUUUUGGAGAAUGGAUAGAUUCCAUCAUAGAAUUUUCCCAGAACCUCCACCGCAUGAACAUUGAUGUGCCCUCCUUCUCCUGUCUUGCAGCACUUGUCAUAAUUACAGAUCGCCAUGGGCUAAAGGAGCCAAAGAAGGUUGAAGACCUCCAGAACCGCAUUGUCAGUUGCCUUAAGGACCACAUGACUUCCAUCGCCAGUGAGCAGGUACAGCCCAACUGCCUCUCAAAAUUACUGGGCAAACUUCCUGAGCUCCGCACCCUCUGCACUCAAGGCCUACAGCGCAUCUUCUACUUGAAGCUAGAAGACCUGGUGCCCCCUCCUCCAAUUGUGGAUAAAAUAUUCAUGGACACACUGCCAUUCUGAGGACAAGGUGGAAGGAAGCCACCACUACCAUGAACCAAACGGUGCUUUCUUUGGGGGAGAGUGGCUUUGUUUGGGUUUCUCCUCAUCUUGCCUCCUACUACCACCGCCAUCACCAUUUAUCUUCCUCGGAGGGAGAGAAAAAAAAACUAGCAGAAAGAAGGUUCUGCCACCUUCCAUCCAGAGGGAAGUUGGCAGGAAUAUUUCCAGAGAUAUUUCCAGAAGAGUGUUUUAAAACGUUAGUCCAGUGGUUGGAGACUGAAAACCAUAAACACUGUACGCGCCCUUUCCCCCUCAUUCCCUUGACGUAUAGAGGUUACCGGGACAUUAAGAAUUGCCAUGUAAUUCUCUCUCAACUUGGGACACCUUGGAGUUUGUAUUUUAUUUUAUUUUUUACUUGUGGGGGAAGCCCUGUGUGCCUUCUCGGGUUACAUGCACAAUCCCUAAACAAUGCUGCCUUGUUCCAGGACCUGCCAACAGCUCUGUGUGCAAUCCAGCACCCUUCUUCCAUAGUGUUGCAUGGAGCCACUGUCUGUGUCACGAAUGGAACUUUUACAUUGAUUUGACGGUUGAAGGCCAGUUAGAAUUUUU